UAUUUCCUUCCACAUCUAUGAAGGGUUUAGUUGACAUCGGCAGACAGAGAAAACUCCUUAUCCUGUGCCUAUUUAUCGGGAACGUUGCAGCAUGCUCAUCACCAUUGAUUAAUCAACGCUGGUCCAAGAUGCGUCACAUCCAAUCACCGCCCAUGUUCCAGCUGAUAAGGACCAUCAUCCAUGGCGUCUCCCGCUUCCAACAGAGCUCAACCCACCUCCACCCCUUCACCUCCACUUGCUCAGCCAUUCGGCCACAUCCUUCAUCGCCUCCACCACCACUGUCGGGUCCCGGGGGGAUAACGUUCCUCUCAGCAUACGGAAUGCUCAUCCGAGCCCAUCGGAAAGUUUGUGAUAAUUGAUGUCCUCAGCUGGGGCCCCUGUGCCAAAGACUCUUAAUUUCUGAUUGUGAAAAUCCUACAAAUAGAGUACACAUAGAGAUCACAGCAGAAUCUCUUAAAAUAAAAGAAUUCCCUGAUGGUACUGUGAUCAAUUAUAAGUGCAAACUUGGAUAUAUUCGAGUAAAUGGCACUGGGGAGAUGACCUGCGUCAACAGGAGGUGGACUGAGCCAGACAUCACCUGCAGGCCGAUGGACUGUGGUCCCGUUAAACCACAGCCACACAUGAUACUUGACGUCAGCCAGGGGACUCUAUUUGGUGCAUCGGUUUAUAUGUCUUGUGAAAAAGGUUAUGAGCUCUAUGGAUCGGACAUAAAACAUUGCUUCCAUACAGGAUGGUUUGGAGUUGGAAAUUGUGUAUAUGUUACUUGUUCCAUACCGAGUAUAGGAAAUGGCACACAUACUUGGACUAGUCACCGUGAACCAGAAUAUAAACAAACUAUAAAUUUCACUUGUAACCCAGGAUACAACUUGCGUGGGAGUAAAACCAUUACGUGCAAUAGAAGAGGCAAAUAUGAUCCUAAGCCACCAAAAUGCAUUGCUGUUACUUGUUUCACACCGGAUGAAGUGGAAAAUGGCAGACAUUCAUGGAAUAGUGAUCUUGAACCAGAAUAUCGACAAACUAUACGUUUCACAUGUAACACAGGAUACAACUUGGUUGGGAAUAAAACCAUUAGGUGUACUGAAACUGGUGAAUAUAAUUCUCAGCCACCACGAUGUGUCCUUGUUACUUGUCCCAAACCGACCAGAGUGGAAAAUGGCAGACAUUCUUGGAAUAAUGUCCGUAAACCAGAAUAUCGACAAACUAUACAUUACACAUGUAACACAGGAUACAACUUGGUUGGGAAUAAAAUCAUUAGGUGUACUGAAACUGGUGGAUAUGAUUCUCAGCCACCACAAUGUGUCGUUGUUACUUGUCCCAAACUGACCAGAGUGGAAAAUGGCAGACAUUCUUGGAUAAGUGGCCAUAAUCCACAAUAUCGACAAACUAUACAUUACACAUGUAACACAGGAUACAACUUGGUUGGGAAUGAAAUCAUUGAGUGUACUGAAACUGGUGAAUAUGAUUCUCAGCCACCACAAUGUGUCAUUGUUACUUGUCCCAAACCGACCAGAGUGGAAAAUGGCAGACAUUCUUGGAAUAAUGUCCGUAAACCAGAAUAUCGACAAACUAUACAUUUCACAUGUAACACAGGAUACAACUUGGUUGGGAAUAAAAUCAUUAGGUGUACUGUAACUGGUGAAUAUGAUUCUCAGCCACCACGAUGUGUCGUUGUUACUUGUCCCAAACCGACCAGAGUGGGAAAUGGCAGACAUUCUUGGAAUAAUGAUCUUGAACCAGAAUAUCAACAAACUAUACGUUUCACAUGUAACACAGGAUACAACUUGGUUGGGAAUGAAACCAUUAGGUGUACUGAAACUGGUGGAUAUGAUUCUCAGCCACCACAAUGUGUCAUUGUUACUUGUCCCAAACCGACCAGAGUGGAAAAUGGCAGACAUUCUUGGAAUAGUGUCCGUAAACCAGAAUAUCAACAAACUAUACGUUUCACAUGUAACACAGGAUACACCUUGUUUGGGAAUGAAAUCAUUAGGUGUACUGAAACUGGUGGAUAUGAUUCUCAGCAACCACGAUGUGUCACUGACUGUCCCAAACCUCAACAUAUAGAGAACACAGUUCUCUCUGCUGAGUCCCUCCGAAAAAGGAUUUUUCCAAGUGGUACUGUGAUCAAAUAUGAAUGCAUGAAGGGGUCUGAUCAAAUAAGUGGCACUGGAAUCAUUAGAUGUGUCAGUGGGAAGUGGACCAAGCCAGAUAUCAUCUGCAAGAGGUCAGACUGUGGUCUCCCAGAAGCAAAACCGCACAUGUCAUUUGAUACCAGCCAGGGUACUAUAAUUGGUGCAGUGGCUACAGUAAUCUGUGAAGAAGGCUACCGGGUCAGUGGAUCAAGGUCCAAACAGUGCAUGGACGAAGGAUGGUUUGGAAUCGCAGACUGUAUCUCUGUUUCUUGUUCCAAACCGAUCAAAGUGGAAAAUGGCAAACAUUCUUGGAAUAGUGACCGUGAACCAGAAUAUGAACAAACUAUACAUUUCACAUGUGACGCAGGAUACACCUUGUUUGGGAAUGAAACCAUUACGUGUACUGAAAGUGCUGAAUAUGAUUCUGAGCAACCACGAUGUGUCCGUAAUUGCCCCAUACCUAAAAGUGUGGAGAACAUGGUUCUCACGAAUGAAUCCCUCCUAAGAGAGGAUUUCCCAGAUGGUACCAAAGUCACCUAUGAGUGCGCCAAUGGAUUUGAAAAAGAAAGUGGCUCUGAGAUCAUAACCUGCAUUGAUGGGACUUGGACUGAGUCAGAUCUAAUCUGCAAGGAAAUUAAACCUCCUUUAAACCUACUGUUGAUAGGCGUGGCAGUUGGCUGUUCACUUGCACUUCUUUUCUGCAUCCUUUGGGUUUGGAGGCGAUGCUCAGAUAACUCUGAAGGAUAGUAAACACUGGAGAUAUUUCAGUUCCGAAGUCUUUAAGUAUCCUUCUUCAUUCAGAAAUUAAACCUACUGUUGAUAGGCGUGGCAGUUGGAACUGGACCCAGCUGUUGGGACAUUUACUACAGAUGAAGGACUGCCGAACUCUGAGCGCCUUACCAAGCCUUGGAUAAGCCUUUGACCUCUGCACCGUUUUAUACACUAAUUGGUUUUACCAAGUUAGUAAAAAUUUGAAAAUA